ACUUCUCCUUCCUCUUCUUUCCUCGCCCAGCGGUGCCUGCCUGCUGAAGAUCAGAUUGCGUCAUCCAUCUCAGUGAAAACUAGGCAUAACAUGCUUAGUGCCUCUAAGAGCUCCCACCAUAAAAAAAUAAAGCCCUCCCGUUCUAGAGCAAGUGCCGCCACUCUAGAAAAUGCCGACGUGCCCGUGAUAUCGGAAGAAGUUACGGAUGAAGAUGAAAAGAUCAUACACGAAGAAACAGUAGGAGAAGAACCCAAAGAGGAGGUGUUUGUGCCCGUGCAGAUCAUAAACCGGAUCUUUUUUCUUGAUUUAGCCAACAAGAAACUGGCAGCGAUCCCAUGGCAAGUUUUUGAUCUGGAAGACCUGGAAGAAUUGCAUUUGGAAAGAAAUAGGAUUGACAGCAUCCCUGGAAACAUUGGUCAGCUUAAGGCUCUGAAAGUCCUUUAUCUGAAUAAGAAUAACAUAGAACACUUGUGUGAAGAACUUGGAGAACUGAAAUGUCUUCAGAGUCUGGACCUCAGCAAUAACCCACUAGCUCACAGUUCACUGAAUACCAUAAGUAAAUUGAGGGCACUUUGCCAGCUCAGAUUAUAUGAUGUAAACCUGGAUGAAUUUCCAGUAGAAAUCUGCAAACAUCUUCAUCAUCUGAAGCUAUUAGGCUUGUCUACCAAUAAUCUGGUUUGCCUUCCCAAGGAAAUCGUCAAUAUGACCAAACUCACAGAGAUAUAUCUCAAAGGGAAUAAAUUUGAAAUAUUCCCCCAAGAACUUUGUCACCUCUAUAAUCUGGAGAUCAUAGAUCUAGAAAAAAAUGACUUGACCUUCAUUCCUGAAGAAAUUUGCUCCCUGGAAGGUUUACUCCAAUUCUUUGUUGCCCACAACAACCUGUCAUCUGUACCCGAUACACUGAGUAAGUGCACAAAACUAACCAUCCUCGAUUUGUCGCAUAACCUCCUGCACAAACUUCCUCGGAGUUUAAAAGAACUGACAGAAAUGAAGGAAUUUGGGUUGUCUGGGAAUGCUUUGGCAAAUUUUCCACGCCAGAUUCGCCGCUGGAAGUCUCUUGUUGUGGUUUACCUGAAAAAUUGUGCUCUGCAAAUGGUGCAUCCGUCUUUCGCCAGACUUACCAGUAUGAUAAUAUUAGAUCUCAGCGAAAACCUUCUGGAGGAGUUUCCCAUAGAGAUUUGUGCCAUGGAAAACCUGGAGAUAUUGGCACUGGAUGACAAUCAGAUAUAUGAGGUACCUCCAGAUGUGCAAAGACUUGCUCAGCUGAAAAGCCUCAGCAUGACUAGCAACAAGUUUGGGUGGUUCCCUGAAGAAAUCUUUCAACUUGGAUCACUAGAGAGAUUGUACAUGGGGCAAGACAAGGGGAUGAAACUGACAGAUUUGCCAGAAAACAUCAGCCUGUUACAGAACUUGAAGGAACUGUACCUUGAGAACAACUAUCUGGAAUAUCUUCCAUCAUCCAUUGGCUCACUGAGUAACCUGCAAAUAUUCGACUGUCACAACAAUUUCCUUAUAGAACUGCCUGACUCCAUCUGCCGCUUACAAGGCUUGCAAAAGCUGCUACUUGAAAGCAACCAGCUAUUUCAAAUCCCAGAGAACUUGGACAGUCUAGAGAAACUACAAGUCCUUACACUUUGUGGAAACCCAUUGAUGGACCCACCAGUGGAAGUAUUUUGUCAGGGGCUACCAGCCAUAUGGCAGUACUUAAAGGAUGCAAGAAUCCGCAAGGCCUGGGCAGUAAAGGUCCAGGCUCGAUGGCGUGGCAUAAUGGUGCGCAAAGGGAUCGGGCCCUAUGCAGAGCUCCAGAGAAUGAUCAAGAGAGUCAAGAAAGAGAAAAAAGAGAAGAAGGGCAAGGAGAAAGGAAAAGGAAAGGGAAAAGAUAAGGGCAAAGAUAAAGGCAAAGGCAAAAAGAAAUAAUGCCAUUAUUGUGACAGAAACAUAGUGAGCAUUGGAAAAAAGGGUAUGAAGGGAGAAAAACAGGGGAAUAAAUAUGGAUGAAACAGGAUGGAAGAGUGUACAGCAAGUCGUUCGUAUAGAUUUUUAGAGAGUAUCUUUCUAGCACUCACUAACUUCAGCUGGUGAGCCAAAGGAGGAGCAGAGUGGAAUAGCUAUGUGCCAGUGGGAAGGGUUUCAAUGUCUACUUCGCCCCCCCCAAAAAAAUCUGGGACACGUCUGUUGUUGCCACCCACCCACCACAUGCUGUGCCUUACUGUACUCUGUCAGGUCAACAAUGUUGUCUUGGUGUCAAGAGGCCUCAAAAAGGUCAAAGCACUGGGAUAUUUUUUAAUAUGACAGAUGACACAAUCAUUUGCCACUCCUCCCUCAGGUUUCACUGUUCCCUCUGAGUUUAGCCAAAGAGCGUUUCAUAGCAAUUUGGUCUAGAAUGGCAAGUAAGACUCAUUAGCUUUUCAAAAGACCUGCUCCUGUUAGAGAUUGCAAAUGAUAGAGGUUGUUUGUUAAUACAGGUCAAUGUAGUUGCCUGCACUGUGGGGAUCUCUUAAGAGGUGUAACGAUAGCGACUCUCCUACUGAAUACCCACAUCUCAAAGUUUACCGCUGUAGCCCUGCAGGUGA